UUUCACGAAAAUGGCAGACAAGCCUGACAUGGGGGAAAUCGCCAGCUUCGAUAAGGCCAAGCUGAAGAAGACCGAGACGCAGGAGAAGAAUACCCUGCCGACCAAAGAGACCAUCGAGCAGGAGAAGCGAAGUGAGAUGUCCUAGGAUCCUGCAGUGGUCUCCGCCCGCGUCAUGUGCGACACCCUAGUCGUGAUGUGGAGGAAGAGCCACCUGCAGGAUGGGCACGAGCGACGAGCUGCACUGUGAACCCGGGCACGCCGCGCCCUGCCACCGGCCUGCGGGUCUCUGAAGGGACCACCGAAGUCUCCGGUUUGCCCUGGGCUAUUCUAGAAAAUUAUUUGUAUGAUUAAUGAAAAUAAAACCCACCUCAUGGCA